CUUUAUUACCAGCACCGAAAACCGUCUUUACAUCGGAUGGUUCGGCGUAUUGAUGGUACCUCUUCUUCUAACUGCAACUUCUGUAUUCAUCAUUGGUUUCAUCGCAGCUCCUCCAGUAGAUAUCGAUGGUAUCCGUGAGCCUGUUUCUGGUUCUCUUCUAUACGGAAACAACAUCAUUUCUGGUGCUAUCGUUCCUACUUCUGCAGCAAUCGGUAUGCACUUCUACCCUAUCUGGGAAGCUGCUUCCGUUGAUGAAUGGUUAUACAAUGGUGGUCCUUACCAACUAAUCGUUCUUCACUUCCUUUUAGGUGUAGCUUCUUACAUGGGUCGUGAAUGGGAACUUAGCUUCCGUCUAGGUAUGCGUCCUUGGAUCGCUGUUGCAUACUCUGCUCCUGUUGCAGCUGCUACCGCAGUAUUCCUAAUCUACCCAAUCGGACAAGGAAGUUUCUCUGACGGUAUGCCUUUAGGUAUCUCUGGUACUUUCAACUUCAUGAUCGUAUUCCAAGCUGAGCACAACAUCCUUAUGCACCCAUUCCAUAUGCUAGGUGUGGCUGGUGUUUUCGGCGGCUCUCUAUUCAGUGCAAUGCAUGGUUCCUUGGUUACCUCCAGCUUGAUCCGUGAAACCACCGAAAACGAAUCUGCUAACGCUGGUUACAAGUUUGGUCAAGAAGUAGAAACUUACAACAUUGUUGCAGCUCACGGCUACUUUGGACGUCUAAUCUUCCAAUAUGCUAGUUUCAACAACUCUCGUUCUCUACACUUCUUCUUGGCUGCUUGGCCUGUAGUAGGUAUUUGGUUUACUGCUUUAGGUAUCAGUACUAUGGCAUUCAACCUAAACGGUUUCAACUUCAACCAAUCCGUAGUUGAUAGCCAAGGUCGUGUAAUCAACACUUGGGCUGAUAUCAUCAACCGUGCUAACCUAGGUAUGGAAGUUAUGCACGAGCGUAACGCUCACAACUUCCCUCUAGACUUAGCAUCUGUUGAAGCUCCUUUCGUUGGCUAAACAAUCUUGUUUUAGAGGCAAGCUGCAUAUAUAACAACUGUGCGCAGGAAUCCUGCGCACGGAGUCUGUCCUGGGUCACUUCUGUAUCAUAGUUGUUCUAGUUACAGACUUAAUAAAGUGGGUAGCAAUUCUAAAAUAUUACCCUCUCAGAAGCUGAUUCAUGAUUUUGGGCAGGUGUUUCCUUUGUCUCGUCUGAAGAGAGGAGAAUCUCAAUGACUAUUCGUUCACCGGAACCAGAAGUCAAGAUUGUGGUAGACAAUGAUCCUGUAAAAACCUCUUUUGAAAAAUGGGCUAAGCCAGGUCAUUUCUCUCGUGCGUUAGCAAAAGGUCCUACUACAACCACUUGGAUUUGGAACCUGCAUGCUGAUGUUCACGAUUUUGAUAGCCACACUAGUGAUCUAGAAGAAAUUUCUCGUAAGGUUUUUAGUGCACACUUUGGUCAAUUAGCUGUCAUAUUCAUUUGGUUAAGCGGAAUGUAUUUUCAUGGUGCACGCUUUUCCAAUUAUGAAGCAUGGUUAAGUGAUCCAACCCACAUCAAACCUAGUGCUCAAGUUGUUUGGCCAAUUGUAGGUCAAGAAAUUUUGAACGGCGACGUAGGUGGUGGAUUCCAGGGAGUUCAAAUUACCUCUGGUUUAUUCCAAAUGUGGCGUUCUUCUGGAAUCACUACUGAACUAGAGUUAUAUUCCACUGCAAUUGGUGGUUUAUUAAUGGCAGGCUUAAUGUUUAUCGCUGGUUGGUUCCAUUAUCAUAAAGCUGCACCUAAAUUGGCUUGGUUCCAAGAUGCAGAAUCUAUGAUGAACCACCAUUUAGGCGGUCUAAUAGGCUUAGGAUCUUUGGGUUGGGCUGGACACCAAAUUCAUGUAUCUUUGCCUAUCAACCAAUUGUUAGAUGCAGGAGUUGACCCUAAAGAAAUUCCUUUGCCUCACGAAUUUAUAUUUAACAGAGACUUAUUAGCUCAGUUAUAUCCUAGCUUUGCGAAAGGUGUAACUCCUUUCUUUACCUUAAACUGGGCAGAGUAUUCUGAUUUCUUAACUUUCCGUGGCGGUCUAAAUCCAGUUACAGGAGGUUUAUGGUUAACUGAUACAGUUCACCACCACGUAGCAAUUGCAGUCCUUUUCCUAGUAGCAGGACAUAUGUAUAGAACUAACUGGGGAAUUGGUCAUAGCAUGAAAGAAAUGUUAGAAGCUCACAAAGGGCCUAUGACUGGUGAAGGUCACAAAGGACUUUAUGAAAUUUUGACCACUUCUUGGCAUGCUCAAUUAGCAUUAAACUUAGCUACUUUUGGAUCUUUAACAAUUAUCAUAGCACAUCAUAUGUAUGCUAUGCCUCCUUACCCAUAUUUAGCAACUGAUUAUGGUACUCAGUUAUCCUUAUUCACACACCACAUGUGGAUUGGUGGAUUCUGCGUUGUAGGGGCUGGUGCUCAUGCAGCUAUCUAUUUGGUAAGAGAUUACGAUCCAACUACUCAGUAUAACAAUCUAUUAGAUCGUGUUCUACGUCAUAGAGAUGCAAUUAUUUCUCAUCUUAACUGGGUAUGUAUCUUCCUAGGAUUCCAUAGUUUUGGUUUGUAUAUUCAUAACGAUACUAUGAGUGCCUUAGGUCGUCCUCAAGAUAUGUUCUCUGACACAGCUAUUCAACUUCAGCCUGUGUUUGCUCAAUGGGUUCAAAAUACUAACGCUGCAGCACCUGGUUUCACAGCACCUAAUGCAGCUGCCGCUAGCAGUAUCACUUGGGGUGGUAGUGAAUUAGUAGCAGUAGGUGGGAAAGUAGCAAUGUCUCCUAUUCCAUUAGGAACAGCUGAUUUCCUAGUGCACCAUAUUCAUGCAUUUACUAUUCACGUUACUGUUUUGAUUCUUUUGAAGGGUGUAUUAUUUGCUCGUAGUUCUCGACUAAUCCCAGAUAAAGCUAAUUUAGGCUUCCGCUUCCCUUGUGAUGGUCCAGGACGUGGUGGUACUUGCCAAGUUUCUGCUUGGGACCAUGUAUUCUUGGGUCUAUUCUGGAUGUAUAACUCUAUUUCUGUAGUAAUUUUCCAUUUUAGUUGGAAGAUGCAAUCAGAUGUAUGGGGAACUGUAAAUGCUCAAGGAGUAUCUCAUAUUACUGGAGGGAACUUUGCUCAAAGUGCAACUACCAUUAAUGGAUGGUUGCGUGAUUUCUUAUGGGCACAAGCAUCUCAAGUAAUUCAAUCUUAUGGAUCUGCUUUAUCUGCAUAUGGUUUAGUUUUCUUAGGUGCUCACUUCGUAUGGGCAUUUAGCUUGAUGUUCUUGUUUAGUGGCCGUGGUUAUUGGCAAGAACUAAUUGAAUCCAUUCUAUGGGCUCAUAAUAAGCUUAAAGUUGCUCCUGCUAUCCAGCCUCGAGCUCUUAGUAUUACUCAAGGGCGUGCUGUAGGAGUAGCUCAUUACCUUCUGGGUGGGAUUGCCACAACAUGGGCAUUCUUCCUAGCAAGAAUUAUUUCAGUAGGAUAAUGGCUAGGAGGGUUUUAAAGCAUUAUGGCAUCAAGAUUUCCAAAAUUUAGCCAGGGCCUAUCCCAAGACCCAACCACUCGCCGUAUUUGGUUUGGAAUUGCUACUGCACACGACUUCGAAAGUCAUGAUGAUAUCACCGAAGAACGGCUUUAUCAGAAGAUUUUUGCUUCUCAUUUUGGUCAGUUAGCAAUUAUCUUCUUGUGGACCUCUGGGAAUUUGUUUCACGUAGCAUGGCAGGGCAAUUUUGAAGCGUGGUCUCAAGAUCCUUUGCAUGUUCGUCCUAUCGCACAUGCAAUUUGGGAUCCUCAUUUUGGACAACCAGCAGUAGAAGCUUAUACUCGAGGAGGCGCUUCUGGUCCUGUAAAUAUUUCCUAUUCCGGUGUAUAUCAAUGGUGGUAUACUCAAGGUCUACGUUCUAACCAAGAUCUUUACACAGGAGCACUUUUCCUAUUAGGAUUAGCUGCUGUUUCUUUAGUAGGUGGAUGGUUACAUCUACAACCUAAGUGGAAACCUAGUGUUUCUUGGUUCAAAAAUGCUGAGUCUCGUUUAAACCACCAUUUAGCUGGUUUAUUUGGAACCAGUUCUUUGGCUUGGGCUGGACAUAUCGUACACGUAGCUAUUCCUGAAUCUAGAGGACAGCAUGUAGGAUGGGAUAAUUUCUUAACUACUGCUCCACAUCCACAAGGUUUAGCACCUUUCUUUGCUGGCCAAUGGGGUGUUUAUGCACAAAAUCCAGAUUCUAGCAGCCAUAUCUUUGGUACUUCAGAAGGAGCUGGUACUGCUAUCUUAACUUUCUUAGGCGGUUUUCAUCCACAGACACAAAGUCUUUGGUUAAGCGAUAUAGCUCAUCACCAUCUAGCAAUUGCUGUAAUAUUCAUCGUUGCUGGACAUAUGUAUCGUACCAACUUUGGAAUUGGACAUAGUAUGAAAGAGAUUAUGGAAGCACAUAUUGCUCCAAGCGGUCGUAUGGGCGGCGGUCACCAAGGCCUAUUUGACACAGUGAAUAAUUCUCUUCAUUUCCAAUUAGGAUUAGCAUUAGCGUGUUUAGGUGUUAUCACUUCUUUGGUAGCUCAGCACAGCUAUUCCUUACCUUCUUAUGCAUUCAUAGCUCAAGAUUUUACUACUCAAGCAGCACUUUAUACUCACCAUCAGUAUAUUGCUGGCUUCAUCAUGACAGGAGCUUUUGCUCAUGGUGCAAUUUUCUUUAUCAGAGAUUACAAUCCAGAGCAAAACAAAGGAAAUGUAUUGGCUAGAAUGUUGGAACACAAAGAAGCUAUUAUUUCUCACCUAAGUUGGGCUAGCUUAUUCUUGGGCUUCCAUACACUUGGUCUAUACGUACAUAAUGAUGUUGUACUGGCUUUUGGUACUCCAGAAAAACAAAUCCUAAUUGAACCUGUUUUUGCUCAGUGGAUUCAAUCUACUCAUGGUAAGGCUUUAUAUGGAUUUGAUGUAUUACUUUCUUCCAGUUCUAGCAUUACUAUUACUGCAGGAAAAAGUCUAUGGUUACCAGGGUGGUUAGAUGCUAUUAAUAACAAUAGUAAUUCUUUAUUCUUGACUAUUGGCCCAGGGGAUUUCUUAGUACACCAUGCAAUUGCUCUAGGUUUGCAUACAACAACCUUGAUUCUUGUGAAAGGUGCUUUAGAUGCUCGUGGAUCUAAAUUAAUGCCUGACAAAAAGGAAUUUGGAUUCAGCUUCCCUUGUGACGGUCCAGGUAGAGGUGGAACUUGCGAUAUUUCUGCUUAUGAUGCUGUUUAUCUAGCUGUUUUCUGGAUGUUAAAUACUAUUGGAUGGGUAACCUUCUACUGGCAUUGGAAACACUUAGCUUUAUGGCAAGGUAAUGCAGCGCAAUUUAAUGAAUCUUCUACUUACUUAAUGGGCUGGCUUAGAGAUUAUCUAUGGUUAAACUCAUCUCAGUUAAUUAAUGGAUACAACCCAU